AUGAAGCUCUUUUCAACCCUUUUUCCUGCCGCCGCUCUCGCUUCCUGCCCGACCAAGUGGACUUUAGAUGCAUCAACCAGCAACUGCGUCCCCGAUGGAGCUUUUGCAUUCACCUGUAACGGCGAUGGAACUGUGGAUUUGACUCUAGAGAUUGAGCACUUCUACACGAAUAUUCCAGCAGACACGACAACUCUGGUUGCCGGGCUAGUAAACGAUGGAUGGACACAAGACUCAAAUUUAUUUAAAAUAACGUCGGCUCCGCUUACCUUCUCUCAAGCAGCUGCACAAACGAUCACAGGAACCUACACGGUUUCCACUUCUGUUGCUGGAGAAACAACUUGGACUUCCGGAUCUUCUGUUACCAUUGUUACGGCUGAUGCAGGACCGAUAUCUUACGAUGUCACGUGUGAGUUCUCCACUGCAGUCAGUCUUCAACUUGGACAAAUAGCGAUUGGCGAUGGCAAUACUUAUGAUGGAAAUGAUGACACGACCGACUUGACCUUCACCUCUUUGCUAGAAAAAGUUGACGCGGCGACAGGGACCGCAACAGCAGCAACUUCGUGGAGCAUCGGAGAAACAGUCAAGCUAACACUCACGCCCCCAGCUGCCCUAACCGAUGUCAUUAUCAGUAUCGAAAGCUGCCUCGCCUACUCUGACUCUGCUUACUCCGCCGAUGAAAUUUACAUCACGCACGGAACUUGCUCAAACGCCAACAUAGGCGCAGCCAUUGUCGAUCAAUCCAGCAUCAUAAGUUUCGAAGCCUUUCAAUAUGAUAGCGCAGCUAGUGAAUACGCCUACAUCGAGUGCAACCUCCAAGUCUGCCUUUCUAGCGAUGGAUCAACAGCGGAUCUGGCCGCAUGUGGUGAUAUUAUUACAGCGAAUGAGGCUUCUGCGUCUGCCGAUGCUUCGACAAACGGCCUUACUUGCUAA